UAAUCAUUGAGCUGUGCACCAACACGAAACUUAGGCAUCUGUCUGUCCCCGCUUGGCCCUCCUCUGCUUUUCUGACAAACCGGAGAAAAGGCAGAAACUUGGGAGGAAGAAAAGAAAAGCCUGUACCCUUUUGCACCCAUUUCAAACGAUUCACUUCUCUCUGCCCAAAAUUUCCACAAAAGCUCAAAUCAAGAAUUGGAUCCCCUCCCAAUGAUUGAUCGAAGCUGUAGCUUUCCGCCACACACGAAGCUUCAUUAGUUCUGCUCGACGGGAAUUUGGGGGAUUUUCUUGGUGGGGAAGGGAUGCUCUGUUUCUCCGGUUGACUGUGUUUGCUUUGUGCAUUUAUUGAGGUUCCAUCUUGCUGGUUUUUUAUUGGGUCAACUCUUGUGAAGGCAAACGAGAGGAGUAACUAAGAAGGGAGGAGGUCCAAGUUGCUGCUUUGGUUCCAAUCGGACUGAGGAGGAACUGUUGGAAUUAUCGUGAAUCGGAUUGAGGAAGAGGUUUUAGGUUGAUGGGGGCGAAGCUUACGAGGGAGGAUAGCUGGGGGGACAGGGAGAGCUCUUCGUAUCGGUCGAGCUCUUCGGCGUGGGAUAACAAUUAUGGGUAUCCACAGCAUUCGUACAACCAAGAGAAUGUGAAUGAUCCGCGGAUACCGUCUUAUGCACCGCCGCCGCCUUCAAUACCAUCCUAUGCACCACCACCUUCAGUGCCAUCUUAUGCACCGCCGCCUCAGGCACCCCAGCGGUCAUAUCAACCUCCUCCUCAAGAGUUUGGUGGUGUUCGUGGCCGUGAUAACAAGAAGAAGCUCGAUAGGAGGUAUUCAAGAAUUGCAGAUAACUACAAUUCAUUGGAAGAGGUAACUGAGGCACUUGCACGUUCUGGUCUCGAGUCUUCCAAUCUUAUUGUUGGUAUUGAUUUCACAAAGAGUAAUGAGUGGACAGGUGCAAAGUCGUUUAAUAGACGAAGUCUGCAUCACAUUGGAAAUGGUCUUAAUCCAUACGAGCAAGCAAUAUCUAUUAUUGGGAAAACCUUGGCUGAUUUCGAUGAAGACAACUUCAUUCCUUGCUAUGGCUUCGGAGAUGCCUCAACACAUGAUCAAGAUGUCUUCAGCUUUUACCCUGACGAGAGAUUUUGCAAUGGAUUUGAGGAUGUUCUGCACCGGUACAAGGAGAUUGUUCCUCAUCUAAGGCUUGCAGGACCAACAUCUUUUGCGCCAAUCAUCGAAAUGGCCACGACCAUCGUGGCUCAAAGUGGCGGGCAGUACCAUGUCUUGCUCAUAAUUGCAGAUGGGCAGGUAACUAGAAGCGUAGAUACUGAAAGAGGCCAACUGAGCCCACAGGAGCGGAAGACAGUUGAAGCAAUCGUGGAAGCCAGCAAGUUCCCUCUCUCGAUUAUAUUGGUUGGGGUUGGAGAUGGGCCUUGGGACAUGAUGGAGGAAUUCGAUGACAAUAUUCCUGCACGAGAAUUUGAUAACUUCCAGUUUGUGAACUUCACACAAAUUAUGUCAAAGAAUGCGUCGCCCACCCGGAAGGAGACAGAAUUUGCUCUCUCAGCCUUGAUGGAAAUUCCUUCCCAAUACAGGGCAACAAUGGAGCUUAAUUUGUUGGGCAAUGUGAAAGGCAACCCUCCUCAUAGAGUUCCCCUUCCACCACCCGUCCAAAGUUUUCCUACUGCAAGCAGCACCAAGGUUUCCUAUCCUACAAGCUUUGAGCCUUCUGUUCCAACUUAUCAAGUAGAAAGCACCUCAGUCAGCUCAGCUCCUCCUGCUCCAACUUAUGAUAAUCAGAUUUGCCCCAUCUGCCUGACCAAUGUGAAGGACAUGGCUUUUGGCUGUGGGCAUCAGACGUGCUGUGACUGCGGGGAGACCCUCAAUUCUUGUCCAAUCUGUCGGAGCCCUAUCCAAACAAGAAUAAAGCUCUACUAGGCAGCAACUGCACUUCUUGACUCAUAUUAAAGAGGUGCCCCUCUAGUGUUCAUCUUUGCUCGAGCAGACUUCGGUAGUUCCCGGGGAAGUGUCUGCAGAAUUUGUUGAUUAUUUUGGGGCUUUGCCCUCUGUAUAUCAAGCUAACCUUCCGUUGCAUUAUUGCCAUGAGAAAAUGUUGGGUUUGCUAACAGUAAAAGUUAGAUGAUGAUUGUUUUAUGUGGGAUAAUAUGUAUGAAUGAGAUGAGAUGAAGACAAUGGAUAAGGUUGUUUGUCAAUUCACCAGAACUAACAAAUGAGAUGAUAUGUUCGGUCGAUUCAAUUGGGCA